ACAGAAGCGUUCUCGAUCUCACGAGGGACGAACACGCGCACGCGGAAAAUAAAGCGAUGAAAUGAUUGGCUAGUUCUGCCGCCUCUCAAAUCAUUGACAACUAACUGAGUGCUAGAGAUUUCCAAUUGAUGCUGGCGAAAGUCAAAUUGUGGAUCGGAAAAGAAAAAGUCAACGAUGUUUCAAUAGACGAAGUUAUUGUAAAGGAUGUUUACAUUGUUUUAGUGGAGUUGGGGUUGAAUUGUGUGCGUAUCGGAGAUUAUUAAACGUAUGUGUUGAUUCCCACGAGUUGUUGAAGAAGGAAGCGUAGUUGAUCGGGAGUCAAUUUUUAUAAUUAUAUUUUUACUACUUCAAGGAUGACGUACCUAAUAGUGACAGUGUUCGUUUUAUUACGAGCUAUAGAACCAAGUUCUGAAGAACCUAUUGUAAAUGUAACAGUUAUAGAAGGUUCAACUGCUGUUUUGCCCUGCUCAAUAUCACAUCUUAGUCACCAAAAGAUUGCAUGGACGGAUCAAUGGUCGACCAUGUUAGCGUAUCAGACAGAACGUAUUAUAGACGAUGAUAGGAUCAGUAUUCAUCAACCCUAUCCUACUCAGUGGAAUCUACAGAUACAAGGUGUUAAAUAUGGAGAUCAAGGGAUUUAUACCUGUCAAGUUAAUACUAAUCCAAUGAAAGAACAAACGGUUGUAUUAAACGUUAUAGUUCCACCAAGAAUCAUCGGUACAUACACACCGAGUCAUAUAGUCACAAAAGAAGGUCGAUCCGUGUCACUGAUUUGUAACGUGACCGGAAUACCACGCCCUACUGUCACCUGGUAUCGGAAGCCAUCCAGUGAGGGCCAGGAUAAAGAGCGUGAGUUACAGUCAUGUCUGAUAAGAUCUAGGAUAGGUUUUAAAGGCGAAGAAUUGGUGAUCCAUAAUGUAACCAGAUAUUGUGGUGGUAUUUAUGAGUGUUUAGCUGAUAAUAACGUUCCCCCAGCAGUCAAAAAAGAAAUCCGAGUAGAUGUAGAAUUCCAGCCAGAAAUACGACUACCAACGAAACGAAUCGGACAAAGCAAAGGAAGAGAAACUAUUUUAGAAUGUGUAGUGACGGCCUUCCCCCAUGCUGUCAGUGUUUGGCAGUUCAGGGGCAGAGAACUCUCCAAUAGUUGGAAGUACCGGAUAGAGGUCUUCGAAGAGGGAAUGUACACUAAAACAUUAAGUUUAAGAAUAGUCCAACUGGAUGAAAGAGAUUAUGGCAUUUAUAUGUGUGUAGCUUCGAACUCCUUAGGCAAAAUAACAGACACUAUGGAAUUAUACGAACUCAAAAUAGCUACCAAACCGACUACAGUAACGUCUACGACAGUUUCCGUAACACCUGGACAGUUAAAUCGUGGUGAGGGCAGGGGACACAAAGCCUUACAGUCAGACACCAGAGUGGACUCGCCUUUAUUAACUAAUACACCUAGCGAUGGUAUAUACGGCGAGGAAGAUGAAGAUGAAAUUGGAUUGGGGCAGCUUGACCAAAGAAUAAAAACAUAUAUACACUCAGCAGGAGCUAAUGGAAAACAGGCUGCUGUAGAUAGCUUAAAUUCGGCUUCUUCUAUUUAUUUAUCAUCGAUUACUUGUGUUGUGUUCCUUCUCCCAUACAUUAUACACUAAACUAUGUCCAGAACAAAAGAAUAAACAUAAUUAAGCUGACCGGGUGAAUUAUGGCAAAUAUAAUUUGACAAUAAUACAAAACACAUGGAAGAUUCCUAAACAAGUUUUUAUUUGAAGUGAUGUGUUUACAAUCUGUACCAUUUACGUUUUGUCAGUCAUCUAAACACAAGUGGGAAAUUGUGUCUGACAUUUCAAGGACAGUCUUUUCCAAAUGAUAUUUCAGUAUCCUAAUCGAUUUCUAAAACAGCAUCAAAAAGAAAUGCCAGCAAGUGUAAUUUAUGGAACGCCAAUGUGGAGAAAUAUCAUAUAUUAUGUAUAUCCUAUAUGAAACAGUUAUGGUUGUGAAAUUGGCCCAACUGUAGCCCCGAUUCCACCGAUAAAAGACUGGAGAUGAAAAAUUGUGUUUUCUUGGUUCGAGGAGCAACAUUUUGACCUAUAACUGCCGUAGAAGCCGGGGUUAGCCAUUUGUAAUUUCAGCAAUUGAUUAUUAUUUUCUAUAGUAGCAUAAAAUAAGAACAAUGACGUUAGAUUACUUUAGUAAAUAUAAAGUUAAAUCGCUCCUUAGACAAGAUAUAAAUCCCCCAAAAUCUCUGAAUAAGACAAAAUUAAGUUGAAUUUUACAAUAGAAAUCUUUUUAGAACAGUGGCAUAAACCUACACCGCCCGGUGGUGCCACUUUGUUUCCAGUUUAAAAACAAACUCGGGAUACAAUCAUGAAGUUAGAUAAUCAGUUCUUGGUGUGUUGAUACGUGUUCAGUGUCAAGUUUUAAUCAUUUAAUGGAUAGAUAAUCAGCAGUAUUUAAGUUGUCAUUCAUGAUAUAAUAUACAAAACUAUGUAUCUAAAUCGGAAAACAAAGUGGUAUAAUAUUGUAAAUUAUGAUCAAGUAAGAUUAGUAGAGUUACGUUCAAACGUCUGUUUAGUUUGUAAGAACGGAACUAGAAAUUAUUUCCAUGAUUAUUUUGAAGGACGAAAGUUCGUUAACAUAUAAAUAUGUAAGUAUUAAUUUCUGAAUGCUGGAAGGUAUUCGUGAAAUAAUAAUGAAGGUAAAUUGGGUUAGUAAGACAAAUCACAUGAUUAAUGAAGAAAAGAGUUCAGCUAUCCAGAAAAACUACUUAAAACGUUCGUUUUAUUAUUUUCCUUGUCUUAUUUUAUUUCAAUAAAUAAAACAUAAUCGUAUUCAUUUUUUGUUAGAUUUUGAGUCAGUAAAUAUAUCUAAAUCUCAUUUAUUGCUUGUUGCUGUGUGGCGUUAAUAUGGACCAGUCACAAUAAUUUCAUGCAACAAACAAUAUAAAGUAAUUGAUAGAUGCAUCUUUAUUUCGAUGUAGCUCCAUUUGUUGAUUUACUUACAGAAUGACAUAAAUGUAUUUAUAUUAUGUAUAUAAUACCAUUGUAAAUAAAUGAGCACUUAUACAAUAUUAACCCUGUUUAUGCACAGUAGUGAAAUUGUUAUAAUACCGAAGAUGUACUGAAGCCAGAUGCCUCGGUCUCGGCUUUGUCAACAUUUAUUUACGUUACUUUCACUAGUAACCAUCGAUGAUGGCUUUUGACGGAACAUCAGUGGCUUUUCUGCCAACAGUCAUCAUCGAUGGCCACUAUUUAAAUUUGUUGUCUAUCGAUCGAGGAUUUUGUAGAAAAACCAGUCGAGACCCCUGUGGAUAAUACUUUUGUGUUUGUUUACUUGUUCGUUUUCCAAUAUUUGUCAACUAGGACUACGAAGAUUAUGGUAUAUUUUAUUGGCGUUUGUUUUAAAUAACGUUUUGUAUCUUGAUUUUCAUUACGUUUUUGUAUGGACAAGUACUUAAUCAAUAGUGGCUUUAGAAUCUGAAUUUAGUCUGGUUUUAGAAUGACAAAACAGAUAAAAUUGGUCUAAGCGAAGAAGAGACAUUUCACGGAUUUGUCAGUAUGUCAUAAUGAAUUUUUAAAACCAGUCUGUGUUUAGAUUUUAUGUAAGAAAACAGUUCGACUGAUCUAUGUAAUUAUAGCCAUUUAUGUCAGGAAAAAAACCCGAAGCAGUUUUAGAUUAACAACUAUGGUGUGAAAAUCCCGAUAAACUAUGUUUUAACACUGUGUUUCAGACUUUGGGAUUAAUGUUAUCCAUAUACGUAAAUCUAAAGCGUUUGCGAUUGUCUGUUGUAUAUAAUAUAUAAGUAUAAAGGAGGUGUAUAUGUAUGUAAUUAUCGUUAUUAUUAUAUAAUACAUAACCAUGUAAAUAAAUUUCUUUUUCGUCAUUUAUCAUAUAUUACGUGUACAUUUUUAUUGAUUAUUAAAUUUGCUUAAAAAGUA